UGUCAAUGUCGAUGUUUUGAUUGAAUGACAGGACAGGUUGUUUACUUUUUCACUCCAAACUCCAAGUGUUUAUUCCAAAAUUAUUGGAUUUCCAUAUCUAGAUACCCAGUAUCUAUAAUUCUAUAGAUCCAGUUAUUGAUAAGAAUGGACAUAACAAUAUUAUGAUUUAUGUCUUAGUGACUGGUGACUUAUCUGCGAAUGUUGUACAAAGUCUUAUCGACAAGAAUGAUGUUAAAGUUGGGUGGUGACAGGCUCCGUGCCAGUGGGUGGCCUCACCUCUCGGCUACAAUGUGCUACUCUCCAUGCUCAAGGAGGCCUCGCCAUUGGAAAAGUAUAUACAGAUAGCUAAGUCUUUUGAAAAAACAGAAGGAUGUAUAUUGAAGAACAGAAUUUUUGUAUCACCUACAAAUUCUAAAGAUAUAUCAAAAUUAUCCAAAUUAGCUAAGAUAGAGGAAGCAGACUUUAGUAAGGAUGGAAAUUCAUUCACUGUUUAUCUAAACCAGUUUGGAUACUUAAGAAAUCGUGAAUUUUGUUCAAAAACAGAAUUCAUUAUUGCCAAUAUCUGUACUUUUGAGAGCACCUGGCAGCUAAAUAAAAAGUCGGAUAUAGAAAUGAAGUUAUAUAACUCAUCCAAUUACACGGACGAUGUCAGAUAUGAGGGUAGAUUGUUGGAAAUACCCCUCAGCUUAGAAGAUUUCAAGCUGGUAUUACUAAUACCGAACGAGACUGAUAUCCUUAGCACUCUGUUCUCGAGGCUGACGAGCCACGGCAUGGCGGCCGCGGUGAGCACCUUGCAGCCAAUGUUCACUGCCAAGUCUGUGAUCACGGCACCCCGUGUUGACGUCAUCUCGAGAGUACACAUUAAUGAGAAAAUCAGUGAGAUGCCAGAUGCAUUAACUAUCCAGUACGGCUCCAUAAAUGUUUCAGACAUCGGGACACGUAUCCAAGUGUUGACAUGUUUAUACUACCCAGCAAACACAGUGACUCGAAACGAUGAAGUGAAAACAACCCGGCCACCAUAUUAUUUCGCAUUAGUUUACAACGAUACGCCUAUAUUUUACGGAGAUAUCAAUAGUAUUGUCAUCUAAACCUUUACAGGCUGAGAGAAAGUCGCAAAGUAUUAUAAAAUAAAUAAUAACAGCUGUUGUAAGUUGCGGGCGCCAUCUUGUUUUUGUAUUGUCAAUGAGAUUUGUUCGCGUAGAUUUGCGCCGUUGUAUUUUUUUUAUUUACAAAAUUAUAUGGCUACCAAUUAACUGUAAUUUGCGGUGAUGCAAUAAUCUGUGACAUAAUUUUGCGAUAACUACUCAAAAGUAGUCGCGCGGGUUGCUAUAAGAAUUAAUGCUGUAUCGAAUUGUUAAAGUAACAAUAAAAUGUUCUUCCCAAGGUA